CACAGUAUUAAAAAAAAUUUCCGGUUUUACUUCCGGGGUGGAGCAGGAAAGUGAUAAACUGUUAUUUUAGUGAAUAGCAGCAACAUUAUUAAACGAUUAUCACAAUGGCGAAAAAUACAAGUUCUAGCAAGUUUAGAAAAGUUGAUGUAGACCAGUUUGACGAAGAUAGGUUUAAAGAUGAUGAAGAUGGCGAGAUAUCCGGUGUUGACCAGGGCCCAAAUGAAACUGAAAUCAACAACCUGUUAGCAAGAGAUAAGUGUGCUGAAGCUUUGCAACUUGUUUUACAGAAUGCCCCAGCUAACUCCAAAAACCAGGCAGUUAAAGAUAGAGCAGCAAAUCUGGCAGUUAGAGUCUUGACGUCGUUCAAAGGGGACAUGGACCAGUGUAUUAAAUCCUUAGAUAACAAAAGUAUAGACACGCUCAUGAAAUAUAUCUACCGAGGCUUUGAGACCCCAACAGAGAACAGCAGCGCCAUCCUGCUCACCUGGCAUCAGAAGACUUUUGCAGCCGGUGGAUUAGGAAGCAUUAUGAGAGUGAUGACAGAUAGGAAGAGAGUUUAACCAGCAGCUUUUCGAAUUAUUUCCCUUAGGUUAACCUUUCCAGCAGCUGCAACCAGUCAGAUAGAAAUUUUUACUGUUAAUAUUGGAGUUACGUCCCUUUAGUAAAUUAUUCAUGCCUUAUUUAUGGGAUGUUCUGAAACACUGGCAUAGCAGUAUAAAAGCCAAAUAAAAUACAUAUAAAUAUCUUUUACAACUAAAGACUUGCUAGUGCUGAAGCUUUUGCUAAAAUAUUCUUAAUCUGGAUCGGACCAAAAGUUUAAAAACACAAUUAUUUUAAAUUUUGAAAGUGAUUGCUUGUGAUGUUAACAUAUUUUUUUUUUGCUUGUUAGUAAAAUGUUUUUUUUUUCUUGUUGCAAGAGCUACAUCCCCUUAUUAUAAUCACAGCCAUCUUUGGUGCAUUCUUUGUAUAUUCUGUUAUGUAAUAUGUCAGGUUUGUUUUUAACUCAGUCCUUCAUAUGUAAUAAUGAUAUAAUAAAAAACAAAACAAUAUUUACA